UACAAGGUACAAAAUACAAAAACAUUUUCUAAGGAGAAAUUCAAUUCAACAGCCUGUCUCGCCUUGCCGCCGGAGAAGAAGAACGACCUUCUCUCUCUCGCCGGAAUUAUGCUUUCCGAUCGAUCCUUCUGCAACUUCACAAUGCUUCUUCUCCUCUUCCUCUCACUGCUUUUCACUUCUUCUUCAUCCACUUCCAUUUCAGGAGAUGUCUUUGAAUCGAAGGUUUCGAUCGGUCGGAACCUUCUACAGGCUAAAAAAGCUUGUCCAGUGAACUUUGAAUUCUUGAACUACACCAUCAUCACAAGCAAGUGCAAGGGGCCUCGAUACCCUCCCAACCUCUGUUGUUCGGCUUUGAAAGAGUUUGCUUGCCCUUAUGUCGAUGAUCUCAACGAUUUAACGAAUGAUUGCGCUUCCACCAUGUUCAGUUACAUUAACCUGUAUGGAAAAUACCCUCCCGGUCUCUUCUCUAGCGAGUGCAAGGAGGGGAAGGAAGGUCUAGAAUGCACUGUGCUCGCACCUGCCUCUUCCGCUGAUCUAAAUUGGGGCUCGAUAACACGUUUACCAUCAUAUUCACUGAUCCUCUCGACUGGAUUCGUACUGCUGUUAUGGCUAUUAUGAUAAGGUCCAAGUGCCUGGCAUUCUUUUUCCCCUUCCAAUUUGUUACUGUACCUUAAACAUCCUGGAAAACUGCAAUUCUUUAUUACCAUGUAUUUAUUAUCAUAGUUUCAUAAACUAAACUUGUGUAUCUAUCUACCACUCUGAUAGCUGUGGAAAGUGAGUUCUUAUUCAUGAGAUUGAACUGCAAAAGUUUCUUGUUUUAGGUUUCUGUGUUUUUAAUUUGUCAAAGCGACUUGGUGUGAAUGUUU